AUGGAAAACUCAAACCAUACUUAUGUGAGAAGGUUCAUUCUUCUGGGACUUUCAGAUGUACCUAGCCUACAAGCUGUCUUCUUCUUCUUGUUCCUUCUAAUGUACAUUUUCACCUUCUUUGGAAAUGUUUUGCUAAUUGUUAUGGUAAUACUCAAUGCCCAACUGUGGACUCCCAUGUAUUUGUUUCUGUGCAACCUCUCUGCCAUCGACAUUUGCUUUUCCUCAACAGUGGUGCCCAAAAUUCUGAUAAACACCAUAACACAGGAUAAAAGUAUUUCUUUCUUUGGAUGUGCUGCCCAGUUAUACUUCCAUUUAGCCCUUGGAGGUACGGAAUGUCUAAUACUGGCUGUCAUGGCCUAUGAUCGAUACACUGCUAUCUGUAAACCUUUGCAAUAUAAUGCUAUCAUGCACAAAAAACUCUGCAGAGAUCUGGUUGUUGGAUGUUGGACAGUAAGCUUUUUAAACUCUUUUAUUCUCACAUUCUUUACCUUCCGGCUGCCCUUUUGCAAGUCCAACCUCAUCAGGCACUUCUUCUGCGAGAUGCCACCCCUCUUUCAUCUCUCCUGCCAAGACACUUGGUUCAAUGAGAUGGCCAAAUACAUAUCUGUUGGCUUAAUAGUCCUUGGAUCAUUCUUGUUGAUACUCUUGUCAUAUCUCUGCAUCACUUUGACCAUCUUGAACAUCCAUUCUACCAGAGAGCGUAAGAAGGCGUUCUCUACUUGUGCCUCCCAUCUUAUGGUGGUCUCCCUAUAUUACGGCACCAUUAUGCUUAUGCAUUUACGGCCCCGAUCUGCUUACUCCCCACAACAGAAUAGAGUAGUAACCAUCCUCUAUACGGUAGUGACUCCUAUGCUGAAUCCCAUUAUCUAUAGUAUAAGAAAUAAGGACGUUAAGGGUGCUAUUAGAAAAACAAUGUGUAUUGCAGUAUAUCAGUAA